AUGUUUACGAAGUUUAUUAAUCGGUUUAUCGGUAUUUCAUUGGCACUUACCUCAAUCGUUGUCUGUGUGCAUGCCAACGAAGAUUCGUACGAAACAUAUGUACCGCCUAGACCCGGAAGUGAUACAACGGAAAUACGACAACAUCAUCCACCCUCAAUGUUGUGCAUGAACAUAAAACCUCAACAUUCGGUGGAUAUCAAACAAAUAACCGGAGAAUGGCAUGGCAACGAAAUCAUAAUGCAUACCCAAGAUGUACCCGGGGUGUAUCGCUACGACAGCUGUGUGACAUUUUAUUUGAACGAUGUCACAGAACAAAUGCGUGAAUAUUACCAACCCAGCUACCGAAGAAGUGAAAGCUUUCAUUCAUCACCAUCAAUGGAGGGACAUCGUGAUGCAUCACCCUCAAUGGGCCACCGUCAUUCCAAUACCAGAUAUUUGCGUUUGAUCUGGAGUGAGAAGGACGACAAUAUUGAAUAUAAUUUCAAUUACACAAUGAACCAUCCCGGUCUGUGGACAAACAUUGGUGAGCAGCGUGGCUCAAUGGUUGCCCUCAAUAAAUACAAUCAAUUUACUGGCACCGUACAAGUGGUGAAGGCCGUUAGUGAUCAUUUGGUAUUGACGUUUUGUUCCAGUGAUUUACAUCACAGCAUUUAUACGGUGGUGCUAAGUCGUGAGCCACAAGGAUUGGGUCAGGAUGUCAUUCGAAGCAUUCGUAAUUUGCUAUCUAGACGUGGCCUUUACACCGAAUCCAUUCGACAAGUUUGUGUGAAGUCUUCAGCAGCAGCUCUAAAUAAGUCAUCGUCAACAACAUCUUUGCUGGUCAUGUCCGUCUUUUUAUUAGUUUUAAUUUGCAUCUCAAGAAAAUUGCAGUGAAACCGGAAAUGAGAAUCAAGUAGAAGAAGAAGAAGAGUUGUU